GCUACGAAAGCGAAGAGCGGGCCCGACAGAACACGACGGCGACGGCGAACGUCACCUAGAAACUACAAAAAUAUCAGCUGCAACACCUGUUCGUAGCGCAAUCGAAAACACAGGACAGUUGGGAAACGCGGGUCCAGCAACCAUCAUGGCCGAAUUCGUCAGUUCGACAGUCUUGCCCUUUGCUUGGGAUGUUGCUGGGAAGGUGGCAUUCAACCUGAUAAGCUCAGCUGGAAGAUUGUGCGCAGGAACGUUUCCUGGCGAUCCCGCGAAAUCUCGAAGAAUUCUCGUUGCAGGUCGAGCCGGGAGUGGAAAGACUAGUUUGAUCAACGCUUUGACAGGAAUGAGCCUCAAGAUCGGCGACGGUGCCGCGGGUGUUACCUUCAAUUGCCACGCGGUGGAGGAACGGAUCUAUCGUAAGCACGGGAGUGGCGAGGCCGUCAAGCUGGAGUUCAUCGACACCGUGGGGUUCGACGACGGGGCGAGGGGAGCUUACAGUGACGGUGAAGAGUUGUGCAGCGAUGCCGCCUUCAGGAAAAUGAUGAAGCUUCUGCGUGCGACUUCUAAGCUCGAUCUCAUCAUCUACGUCAUGAAAAGGGGCCGCUUGUCAACCGCGGAGACGGCGUGCUAUGAGCUACUCGUGAAGAAGAUCGCGAACGGACUUCGUCACUCCGACGGAGUAGUAGAAAAAAAAAUCCCAGUCUUGCUGGUGAUCACGCACUGCGAGAAAGAAAACCCGGACAAUCUUCAACACUGGCUACAAGAGCGGGCGGGGGACGUUCACAUUCCGGGCAAGAAGUUCGUCCCAAAUGGCAGCAACCAUCAGGCCCUCAGCAGUGCGGGCUUGGACAACGCGCACACGAUCUGCACGUCGUUUUUCGACGAGCACUGCCUACUCGGCCAGCUCCAACAGUACGUGGAAUGCCGCAACAUAUCUGUCCAAAUCUUACUCGACCGCAUUGUGGAUACCUCGGACGCCGGCUCUUUCCGUGCGGCUCAUGAUGGUCCUCAGCGUCUUUUUAGAGAGAUUUCUAUGUUCAGGUACAUCACCUCUGCAAGGUACCGGCGGGUGAGCAGGGACCGCUUUUACAGAUUUCUUCAAGGCGUUUUUCCGGAGAACAACGACGCCAAAGAAAUCUACAACCAAGUGGUUAACUUCGUUUGAUUGUCGGAGUGAUUAUUUGCCGUCGAAUCCAUGAGACAUGUGCUUCUCUGUGGGGGACGGUGGCACUUGAACUGUGACGUUCUUUGCUUUUGCAGUGACGUACACCCCAAAGUCUUCGUGGCACGGUACGCUUUCAACAAAGUAACUAUCAGUGUCUGCCAUGUUGGGUAGUGGUACUUAGUUGCCGGUAACGAGUGCCUCGCUGACGAACUUUGAAUUGGCUGGUUUCUGCCUUCGGCACCGUGUGUGGAAUUCAGCAGAGACGUGGCGCACGCUGUGAUGGGAUUUCAUAUAGUACUGUGGGACCACGUACUACCCGCUUGUUUUUGUGGAUAUGGUGCAAUCUUGGCUUCGUACGCAGGACUGCUAGACGAUACCAUCUCAGCCUGCAUCGACAAGAGUCUCGCACCCAUCGUUGUUUCGGCUUGGCUACUUUGUUCUUGUGUUCGUCUCUUUCUUGAGACUUCAUAUCCUUUUCUAACUCCGGCCCGCCCACACGGACCCCGGCUGAAGCAAGAAUACCGCAUCCGUUUCCACUUUUAAUUUCCUGUCCUGUGUUACCUCCAGCGUCAGCUUCGGCACCUUAGUCAGCUCGGCCUCAUUUCUGUGUAUAUCUAUGUUCUAUUCUUCGACUGGAAUUCCUCUUCCUUUGUAUAGAGUCAGGGUCUUAGCCUGCACCCACCCAGGUACCGACAAGAGUACCGAACCCGUUGUCGUUUCGGUCCGGCAUGAUUUCGCUUUCACGUCCUUUUCCUUCGAUCUUUGACUUUUCACUCAUAGUCUGCGCCAACCCCGGUUUCGGCAAGAAUACCACAUCCGCAGUUGUUUCGGCUGGGCUUUCGCUUUCCUUCGUUGUCGUUCCUUCGACUUCUCUUUUGAUUCAUAGCCUCCCCUGCAUCAACCAACCCCGAUUUCGGCAAAACACCACUUCCGUUGCUUUUUCGGUUGGCUCCUGUAUUCUUUCGUGUGAUUAUUAGAGGUGUGUGAAGGGGUUUGAAGAGUCGUAUCUUCGAUUCACUUUGAGAAACCCUUCUGAUGGAUCAGAGCCCCAUUAAGGGCUUCCGUGUAUCUGCAGCUACGGUCGUCAAAGAAAGGGGGUCUACUGCUGUACAGCAGUGGGACUUGGUAGUUAUAUGGCUGCUGAAAGACGCAUUGUCCACUUGUUCCGUGUGGAUAUGGUACAAAUUUGGCUUCCUACGUAGGACUGCUAUUCGACCGUUACCGGCGUGUUCCGUCUGACACGCUAUCGUGGCGGUUACAUCCACAGUUGCAAGAGUUGAAUUUCGCCGUAGAACUUCGGUAAGAGAGCUAGUUGGAGAGAGAAUAGUUCUCUCUCUGUGCCCCCCGCCCGUCACUCCCCCCGCCCCCGGUGUUUGCCAUC